AGCGGUCACAAAUGGAGCACAAACUAAGCUUAAGGAAACUGCUAGAGGGUUCAGAGUAUGAAGAACAACUAAACUACGACUUCAAUAUGAAAGGGGAAUUGAGGCAUCUGGACACCAAUGAGUCCUUUGUUUUCAAUUACUACAAGAAUGCACACGAGAGGAAUCAUAAACGCUAUCAAGUAUUGGGACAUGCACUUACCCAGUAUGUUUAUGAGCUCCUGGAAAGAGCAUGCAUGCUGCAAAAAGUUUAUAUUCCUACUAAUGCUACAGAAGAUGAACCGAGAAGUUUCUUUUUCAUGAGUGAGAAAGCACUAACAAGCACCUCUAGCCUAACUGUCCUUCUUCAGGACUGUGGAGUCUUUCGUGCUGGACAGUGGGGGCAAAAGACCAUUAUCAAUGAGGGCCUGGAGCAUGGUACACAGAUACCCUUCAUCAAAACUGCCCUUCAAAGCCAGUUCGAAGUGAUUGUACUCAAUCCCAAUGAUAACUUCUUGCAUCUUAAGACAGAAGAGGAGAGGUUAAGUGUUUUCAAGAGGCAAGAAUCAUCAUCUUCCAUGGAGUCCCUCAGGUCAAUCCUCAAGCGGUGCAGCAGCAGCCCUGAGGAGCAUACCAUGUACGUGUGGGAUCACUUUAUUUCAAAGAGUGCAGCCAAGAAGGUGGCCUUCAUUGCCCAUGGCUACGGCGGCUUGGUGUUCAUUGAUCUGCUCGUGCAGAGAAAAUGGGAGGUGAUGAGUAAAGUGUUCGCUGCGGCGUUCAUCGACUCCAUGCACAAUACUCAGCACCAGGCUGGAAGCGAUCCACAAAUACAAGAAUGGAUGCAAAAGCAUUGCCAGGAAUGGGUAUCAAGCAAUAAGCCCCUUGAUAAACCUGUGGGGUCCCUUAUGAAAGUGAACUGUCCUACUGUCUCUGCUGGAACUGAAAAGUAUGGCUUGGCACCUUCCUGCUGCUUACAUGCCAUCUUUAAGUACCUGAAGAGUGCUCUGAAAACCAAGACUGGAGCAGCACCCUUUACACGUUCACCUAUCGCAACCCGAAGCAGCACGAGUAAGAAGAAAAGUAAUAAAUAAAAGCAUACUGGUGUGUUUUU